AUGGCGGCCGUAGCCGCCGCAAACCCAUCCGCUGCGGCAAUCGCGCCGCCGUCAGCGUCGGCGCCGCCGGCGGCGGCGGAGGCGGCGGAGAGCGUGCGGCAGUUUCGGCUGGAGCGCGAGACGGAGCUGCGCGUCGAGGUGGAGUGGGACGCGAAGCUAACGGUGAAGCUUGUAUCGGGUACGGCGGAGAUCUUCGGGUCCGAGAUCGCGGUCGGGCAAAACGUCACCUUCGACGGCGGCGAGAAGCUCGCGGUGUUCACCUGGCACGGGUGCAGUCUGGAGGUGCGCGGGUCGCCAACACUGCCCGAUGCCAUGUAUGCAGCAGACGAGACUCCCAUGGUGAGCUACCUGAAUCUCCACGCGGUGCUGAACGUGCGGCGAGUGGAGGCAGCUAGGAGCCUCAUGCGUGCGAAGCAGCAACUGGCACAGCUGCAGCAGCAACAGCAGCUGCAGUAUCAACAUCAGCAACGGCAGCAGCAGCAUCCGCAUCAUCAGCAGCAGUAUCAGCACCAGCUGCAGCGGUUGCAGCGGCACAAGCAGCAACUGGAGAACAAAAUUAACUCCCUGGUUCUGACCAAGGUCCCCAGGGUACUGCUAGUGGGUCCCACAGACAGUGGAAAAUCCACUCUGGCUAGAAUGCUGCUGUGUUGGGCGGCCAGACAGCAGUGGCAUCCCACCUACGUGGAUCUAGACGUGGCUCACAGCAGUGUGACUGUGCCGGGGGCAGUAGCGGCCACGCCAGUGGAGGCACCCCUAGAAGCCAACGCCAGGACGGUGGAGGAGGCGCCCCUAGUUCUGUUUUACGGCCACACCAACCCCAGUGCGAACCUUGACCUAUACCGUGCUCUAGUGACGGCUCUGGCAGACGCGACAGACAGGCGACUGGGCAUCACUCCCUUGGGAGAGGGAGGAGGGGGAGAAGGAGGAUUGGAGGAGGGAGGAGGAGCAGCAGGAGCAGGGAGGGAGGCAGGAGGAGGGGCGGCUGCGAUAGGAGCGGCUGCGAUCGGGGCGGUUCCAGUGGAGGCAGCAGCAGCAGGGAUCAUAGCGAACAGCAUGGGAUGGGUGGAUGGGGCUGGUUACCAGGUAUGUUCUGAUGGGGCUGGUUACCAGGUAUGUGCUGAUGGGGCUGGUUACCAGGUAUGUGCUGAUUGGGCUGGUUACCAGGUUAGUGCUGAUGGGGCUGGUUACCAGGUAUGCGCUGAUGGGGCUGGUUACCAGCUGCUGCUGCACUCCAUUGAUGCCUUACGGGCCAACGUGGUGCUUGUGUUGGGGCAGGUGCGUCUAUGCGAGCUAGCUGGGUGGCCACAUGUCGAGAGGGUAUUUUUGAGACGUCUCAAGAAUACCCUCUCUACACGUGCCUUACGGGCCAACGUGGUGCUUGUGUUGGGGCAGCGGCUCUACAGCAUGCCCUCGGAGCAAUACCGAAGCAAAGCAGCAGCAGCAGCUGCUACUGCUGAUGGUGCUGAUGGUGGUGCUGCCAUGCAUCAGCCAUGCAUCAGCCAUGCAUCAGUCAUGCAUCAGCCAUGCAUCAGCCAUGCAUCAGCCAUGCAUCAGCCAUGCAUCAGCCAUGCAGCAGCAGUGGAGGUGGUGAAGCUCCUAGCGCUCUUCACCUCAGCAUCCGAUUCUCCUGCCCCUGCUUCCUCCCCCAACACCCCCCCCCCCCCUCCCAUUUCCCCCUUCUCCUCAUCACAGGAGCGGCUCUACAGCAUGUUGUCGGAGCACUAUCGAAGCAAAGCAGCAGCUGCUGCAGCGGAUGGUACCCCUGCCGGCCAUGCAGCAGCAGUGGAGGUGGUGAAGCUUGUGCGGUCCGGAGGUGCCGUGUCCCGCCCUUCCAAGUUUAGGCAGAGGUUGAGACAAGCAGUCGUCAAGGCAUAUUUCUAUGGGCCAGAGCGUCAGUUUUCACCUCAUUCGAGCACGGCCAGCUGGUCAGAGUACACGGUGCUGAGAGUAGGGGGAGGGCCGCAGGCACCACAGUCAGCGCUGCCUAUCGGAGCAGCGAGGGUUUCAGACCCACUUCGCACUGCACCGGUGGUUCUUUCUCGAGAGCUGGAGCAUCAUGUGCUGGCAGUUUCACAUGCCAAGGAGGAGAAGGACGCUGUUACAGGGUGA